AUGGAGGUGUUAAGAAUUCCCCUAGAUUGGAAAUAUACAAAUGUCGCCUCUAUUAAAAGAGAAAACGGCAAGAGCUCUUCAGAAAACAACCGUCCAUUUAGCUUGACAUCGCACAUCCCCAAGCUCAUGAAGGGAAUCGCUCGCCAUCACUCGAUGAACGAUCUUGUGAAGUCAACACAUGGGUUUGUUAAAAAUAUUUCCUGCCUUAACAAACCUGCUCAUAUUUUUGAAACUGGUAACCAGCUAAAUUCAGACAGAGUUGCAUUAGAUGUACUUUAUUUGGACUUUUCUUUUGAUAUGGCACCACAUUUAAGACUAGCAAUGAAAUUACAGGCACGUGGAAUAAAUGGUAGAAUACGAGAAUGGAUAAAAUCAGUACUUAAAACAAAAAGCAAAAGGUCAUGCUAA